AUGCCUUCUCUCAAGAGUCUCAUUCUCCUGGUCAUCCCCGCGGCUGUGGCCGAGAUGCAAAUUGGCACAACCACCGAGUUCCGAGAAUGUUCGGUGAACCCACGGCCAAUCUUCGCGCAGACAUGCAUUGGGUUCAAUUCCACGGGAUCCACGAACUUCACGAGAGGCGUCGGAUGUCGCCAGUACGGAAACACCCUCUGCAACGGAAACUACACCACGUCCGGCUACCGCAGCGGAUGUUUUGAGAACAUCCGUUUCCUGCAGUCGUUCGGGACUACAUCUGGGGGGCUUUACUGUUUUGCGAGUUAG